AAUAAAUUCAAAAGGACCAGUAGUUUGUUAAAAUUCGAGUAAAUUUCGACCGUUACCAAAAAAAAAAAAAAAACAUUUGACAAUAUAUUUAUAAAUGAGAAUCACUGUAACUGAUACUUACAUAGGAAAAACUCUUCAGUUUGAUAUUUGUGAUGACUUCGAAUUUUCUUCUUUUCAAGCAUUAGUUCAAACAGAAUUUUCAACACCACCAAAUGAUCAACAAUUUAUGUAUGAAGGAGAUUUACUUCAUUAUACACCCUCUAGUACAUUGAAAAGUCUUAAAUUAAAAAAUGAUAGCGUUCUCAUUUUAACCCAUGAUCCUCUUGAUAAUAAAACGAAUCCAGCUGCAACUGAUAAUUCAAGUCAAUUGAUGAGUCUUUUAAAAUUAUUGAAUCAACAACAUGUCAAUCAGUUAUCAGGAAGUGCAAGUCAAACAACGCAAAAUACUUUAACGACAUCUCCUCUAGAUUCAGGACAUCUUCAAACAUUAAAUUCAAUGCAUUCAACAAUGACAAAAUUGUUAAGUGAUCCUUUAAAUCCUCAAGGACAAGAAUUGUUAUUAAAAGCCAUCCAACAAGAACGCAUUGAUGAAGCCUUGACCCACGCACAAGAAUAUUUACCUGAAAGUUUUGCUUCGGUUAAUAUGCUUUAUGUUACCAUCCAUUUAAAUGGGGUCAAAGUUAACGCAUUAGUAGAUAGCGGUGCUCAGAUGACAAUUAUUUCGGAAAGCUGUGCGGAACGUUGCUCCUUAACUCGACUGAUAGAUAAGCGUUUUCAAGGACUUGCUAGUGGUGUUGGAACCAGUUCAAUUUUAGGACGUAUUCAUUUAGCCCAAAUCAAAAUCGGAAACAUUUUUUUACCCAUUUCUUUAAUAGUUGUUGAGAACAGUAAAACGGAUCUAUUAUUUGGUUUGGAUUUAUUAAGACGGUAUGAAUGUGUUAUUGAUUUGCGUCAUAGAUCUUUACAAAUUUCUCAAGAAACUGUCGAAUUUUUAACUGAGGCUGAAUUAGUGAAAGAAGGGCUGCGAGAUAUUCCCCUCACUACAAGUACAUAGUGAAAAGUACCCAG